CGAAUACUCGACUCGCUCGAACCAGUAGGCAAUUUUGUUCAGAGAUUUUCUCUGAACGAUGAUAUCUUCCGUCGUCAAAACUUGCAUUACUGUGCUUCAUCUGAAAUCGGAAGAAGAUGCCAUGCCAAGAUCAUGCAGCAUUUUUACCUACCGGUAGUUUGAUUUGACAAUUUCCAAACACCAAACUGGCGGAAGGAGCCACCAUACCGUACCCGAUACGCAUCACCUCCUGGUUCGAUACCAUCGGUCGACGCAACGAAUAAUCGCUUUCCGCAAAAGGAUUCACAACAAGGAGCGCCAUGGCCGGAUACGUUACCAAGCCCGCGGCGGCGGUGAACAAAGCCCUCGUAGAAUUUCUGCCAGAGCUCGACUCAGACUACGCCACAUAUCCCAUGAAGCAUGAUCGGUGGUACGAACCCGACGAGACCGGUCCGAAGGGGGAACCUUGUUUCAUUGCCAAGGGGGGAACCUCGUUGGCAACCGGCAGCCCUCCAAUCAAGAAGGACUAUGUGUACUGCACUACGGGCGGGAACGGGGAAGGCUAUUACUCGCUCAUGUGCCGGACCUCGUACAUAAACCUCUACUACAAGCUCAAAAGCUGCGCUCCCCAGGGGACCUGCACGGCGUGUCCCUGUUUUGCAAGCAAGGCCACCCGAGACGCCCUGGAUCGGUACGACGACUGCAAGCGAGUGGUCUACAUGCGACAGAAAUGCUUCCCAAAGCCGGACGACAAGCUGGCCUCCGACAUCGUCAUGGGCAUAGCCAAGGACACCGCCAACAUGGUCUACCACGGCACCCAAAACGAGCAGCUGAUAGUCAACGCUGUCUUUUGAGAACCUUGUCGUUUUCUCGAGCGAACGAGUAAGAUAUUUUGUCAAUAUAAGGAACGAGUGAUGGAAUCGAAGCACAGAAUAAUUCUCCCAUUUGUGGUAUGCUAUUGUAUCCCAUCUUAUGGUGGUGAAAGAGUGAUCUUCUCCUGUCCUGGUCGGCUAUUUUGUACGCAUAUUAGCUUGGCAAUAGAACCUGCUUCAUACUGGCAAUGCGUCGUAGAUUCCUAUCUUCUUUUGACUUUCUAUUGGACCGCCCUAAGGUUGUGCGCCUCAACUGUUUUUUUUUUUUUAAACUAAAAAGGAAUAGAUGUAGAGUAGGAUU